GUCGCGAACUAUCGUGUUGGUUUAGUUGAAUCGACAUAAUCGGGCGAAUGUUUCACUCUUUUUACACGGUUGUUUUUUUGUCUAUUUUUACUGCAGUUAUGAAGGGCCCUAAAUCCUUUAAUGUCGAAAAUGACUUUUGUUUUACUAAGGAAGAUUGUUACGAGUAUAACCUUCCAACUUUUUUCAUAUCUUUAAAAGCCUCAUCCUGGCUGGAGGAAGAAAUAUUGGCUGAAAAGAUUGUAAGCUUAAACUCGUGUGUUAUUCAAGACGCAGAAACUGGAUUAAGCGUCAUUACUCAAGGAUUUACAAAAUUACAAAACAUCGACGAGCUUCCGGACUCUUUAACUGACUUUGCAAAGCAUGUAUUGACCCACUACAAAAGACCAGCAGUAAAAAAACGCUUCCAACAUCAUUUUGAAACUACCUUUGACCACUAUUCCGUACAGAACUCAAAAAUACAAGCUACGAACAGCCUUCUUAAAGAAAGCUAUCGUAUCCAUACCAGUUUGGGAACUGUCACGGCAGACGAAAUCAUCGGUUGUGGCACAUCAUAUCACUCUGAUGACAGCCAAAAGUCGGAAGAUUACCACCCACAAAGAUCAAGGAACUACACUGUUGACAAAAUCUGUGAAGACCCUGGAUCCCCGCAAGAUUCGAUUCUGAUGAGUCAACUGAGAGAGUUUAGGCAUCGCUCAGUCGAGUUAAGCAAGAUUGACGUGAAUCAGAUUUCGGACCUACGUCUUCUUUCUUUAGACUUUAUCUAUCUUUUUUCAGAGGAGAUUGAUAAGUCGGUGACCAAGUAUUUGGGGACAGAAGGCCACCUUUCACACGUUCCUGAGUUUGCUUGUGACAGGCCGAAAGAUAUUGAUCCAGUCACUUUUAACUGGUGUAUGAAACUUGCCAAUUUCCGCUUCAACGACAACAACAAUAAAUGGAUGGAGCUACAAAAGACCACCAUUGCUAUGUUAAACGAGGCAAUUACAAAUUAUGAUAAGCCAGUUGUCCAAGUCGCCAAUUUGCUUCACACAGUGUCAGUACCUAUUUUUCCCUCCACCUCAGGUCAUUGUCACACAGAUACUCAAGCUUUUUUUAAUUUUAAUUGUAGAGCACCGCGAUUACUUAUCAACCCAAACGAAUCCAAAGUUGAGGACACACACAUCCAUAAUUUUGUGUCGUACAUCAUCAAACUGGUAUUUGGAAUUGAAGACAUCCUGAAGCAUGAGUGGGCAAACGGUAGGUUGCACAGUGAAAAGACCGGAAAGUUCAAGCCUGAUUACGUGGCAUACGUCAGAACAAGGAGCACACGCCAUGAUCUUACCAUAGCUGAAGUCAAGCCUACUGAAUCCAGUUCUCGUAAGCCGCCAUCUGAUUUGGUGAAGUUAGGUCAACAGAUGAAAUUGAUGCUGAACAACCUCGUAAGCUACAAGAUUCCUAACCCUGUAGUAUGUGGAAUUCUGGUUGAAGGAAAAAAGUGCUCAUUGUAUAAAAUGGAUAUUGUUGGACCAGCUUUCUAUCGUAUGGUACAUGUUGUUUCGUUCUCAUUGUGCACCAACAAAUCUGAAGUAAGCUUGAUUCCAAAUAUGUUUAUGUGGAUGUCGUGUUUAAAGGAUAUCACAAUCGAAACAGCCAAGCAGAUAGAACAAACUGAAAUAGCAAGGGCGAAAGGUAAAGGAAAAAGAAAGCUUGAUGAUUUUAUUCCGGAGUCGUGGGUUCGAAGGGGUUCUUGUGCUUAUAAGUACAGUAAAACCAUACAAUGAUUAGUUGGAAUAAUAAAAAAUGAAUAAAUACGUAUCACGUUAAUAGGCAUAGACUAUUUUCUGGAUGUGUAUAGACGUAAAAGAUUUCUGUAAGUUUGAUAAGAUUGGCAGGUCACACUGAGGGCAAUAAAAACAUGGUACUAUGGAACCGAUUUUAUAAACACUGGAUUUCAUAUCCUGAUAAAAAAGGCUUACCCCUCUAAUUAUACC